GUGAUGCGUGUACCCGGACUAUCCGCCUGGAGGUGGUGGCUGGCGGCUGGCUGUGUGUCAUUCAUGGUAACUACACGUAUUGAGCACCUCCUGAAGAAGUGACACUGACUGGUGGCCAGGGCUGUGCAGAAGUGAAGGUUCUCACACACCACCAGAUGAGAUAUGGAUGUCUGGGUUAAACUCAAUGCAUCCACGGCAGGGAAGGAUAAACUGUUCAGGUUUGUCCAGUACCUGAGUCGCCUGGUGUGGCACAACCUGGAGAGCCGCAAGAACCUGAGGGACACAGUGGCCAGACUCAAGAUUAUCGAGAGCUCCUUCUCCACCUUCAGGAAGUUACUGCGUCUGGGGAAGAGUCUAGAGGUGCUGCAUGGCGCUCUACGGACCCUACACCUCCCAGACACUGUACUCCGCAUCACUCUUACUCUCUCACGCAUCUACCAGUUCCUCUUCCUCCUGGCCGACCACAUCAUCUGGUUCGGACGUGCUGGCUUGUGGGAAAUCGACAAGGAGAAAUGGUCGAAAGUAUCCAAUAAAUUCUGGUUGGGCUCCAUCAUUCUCAACCUCCUCCGUGAUGCGUACGAGAUCCUCACCAUCACCAAGAGGCGCAUGCGGUGUCUAGGUCCCCCGGUGUGUGUCUCCAGUGGCAUGCUGGGGAUCAGAGAGGUGUGUAAGGCUGUCCCCGCGCUCCAACCAGUGGCAGAGUUUGCUGAGGAGCACCGUGAUGUCUUCUUCGAUAGCGUCAAGAACCUGUGUGAUAUUUGGAUCCCACUGACGCAUCUUGGCCACACUAAGCUGUCGGCUGGUACUGUGGGGUUCCUGGGCAGUGUGUCGUCGCUGGCUGGGCUUGUAGCAGUGUUGGAUCCCCUAGCUAAACUCGCACCAGCCUAACUUGCUCCUUGUGCUGAGAUGUAUGCAUUCCCGGUGUGUUUCUGAGUGUUUUGCCACCAGUCACACUCGCUGGAUCGUUUGUGUCUGUGUUGGUGAGUGCUCUUGGUGCAUUAUUUGAGGAGUCCACUUGUUUCAUCAUGAUUUGCUGAAACGUCUCCAUUUCUUCAGUUUUUGAGUGUUUGGCUGUCAGUUACUUCACUCAUGGGGUUUGUUGUGUUUGUUGGUGCUCAAGUCUUUGAUGAGUUUAAUUGUCUAAGCUUGAUGUGUGAAAACUUAUGCAUUCCUUUUGUUUUCCUGUGUGUUUGGCCAUCAGUCACUUCACUCACAGGAUCUUUUGCCUCACAUCUUUUAACACCUUGGAUAAUAUUCAGGUGUGUUCUGUAAUGAAUUAAGUUGUCAAGCUUGAUAUGCUCAAAUUUCUGCAUUCCUUUAUUUUCUGAGGUACUUCACUGGAUCUUUUUCCCUUUGACAUCUUUAAUCUUCAGGUGUGUUCUUUGAGGAAAGGACUGUAGUGAUGGCAAUCUUAUCUGUGGGUGGAUGCAAGAGAAGUUUUGAUUCAGAUUAUGGCGAGGAAGAGAAAGAUGUUUUUGUGAUAUUUUUAUAUUAGCGGGAAUUAAGAAGGCCAGGACAGAGAGGAGGAACAAAACAAGAAUGAGAGAAAAAAUGAUGAAAGUGAGAAGAAAAUAUGAAUAGCAGUGGGUGUGAUUGUAAAAGAAGACAAGUUGAUGAAUAGAUAACGGGACAAUGUGUGUGUGUGUGUGUGUGUGUGUGUGUGUGUGUGUUUAUUGUCUUCAUGAAGAAAUAGAAUAAUGUUUACUAAUGUGUGUGUGUGUGUGUGUGUGUUUACAAUGUGUAGUCUAAACAAUGUGCAUUCAACUGGUGUGUUUAUCUUGUCUUUGCUAAGGGAGAGAGUAAUGUGGUCUCAAUAAUGUAUGUGGAGUAAUAUCAAUGAUCAUUUUUAUUUUUUUAUUAAGAGGCUAAAGAUACAUGUUAGUUUGAAGUGUUGUGAGGCAAGAAUGGUGUAUUUGUAUUUUUAUUAAGAAGUAAUGUAGAAAUAUUUAGUCAUAUUAUCCUAGUCAGAAAGUGUGUGGUUAGGUUAGGAUAGGUUGGGUUAGUCUGUGAUGGUGUGAAGUGUGUGUAGGUGUAUGAUGAGCAAACAAGUUGAAAAUAUGUGUGAAAAUGCAGAAACAAUAUUACUUAGAGAGAGAGAGAGAGUGUGUAGGUGUAUGACGAACAAACAAGUUGAAAAAUGUGUGUGAAAAUGCAGAAACAAAAUUACUUUGAGUGUGUGUGUGUGAGAGAGAGAGAGUGUAGUGAGUUAUAUCAUGAAAUGUGGAUAACAAGUCACAAGCCAAAACGGAGAGUAUUAGCACAACUGUAAAGUGUCAUUAAUUUGUGUUCAUUUGAGUUUUAGGAAGUGAAAUAUUGUACCAGUGUUUUUUAUGUUCAAGGCUUUCAGUGUUGUGAUGUUUGUUAUUAUUACAUUACUACAUAUGUGGUGUUUUUCUUGCUUUUGUCGUGUGUGUGUGUGUGUGUGUGUGUUUGAAAUGGGAUACUGACUUCAAGCAAUAUUAUUACAUACAUGCAAACACACACACUAACGCAUACACCUUAGUUAUUUGUGUGUGUACGUAUUUACCACAUUUUACAUAUCCUACUCUUAAUACACAUACACACCAUAGACAUACACAACCUGUCACUUUCACCAAGCACACACACACACACUGUCACUUUCACCUCCAAGCAUGCACUAACACACACUCUUUCGCCUUCAAGCAUGCACCAACACACAUGCACACAAACAUUCAUACUAUUAGUGUUUACAUAUUUACAUACUUAUUUACUAUCUCAAUCAUGUACACCCUCACACAUACACACCAUAACCUAACCUAACCACACUCAAUCCCAUUACCAAAGACAGGACAAGCUUACCUGAGAAUCCUAACACUUAGAAGGCAGCCUCUUGUACCUCACAGCUUCCCUUCAUACAUAUAGACACCUGCAAUGGACUGUGGGUGAGGUAAGGGAGUGUACAAGUAAAUCCUGGGUGUAGAUAUGGACUGGGAAUGUAGCUUAUACACACAUACAUAUACACAACAGGUUAGGGAAACAUACAAAUAUAAACACCUGCAAUGGAUGAGUGAUGUGAGUGUACAAAUAAAUUCUGGGUGUAAAUAUGGACUGGAAAUCUGUUUCUCUUACACACACACACACACACAUGGAUUAGAUUAAGGAAACACUAUUAUUAAGCUCACACAUGUACAGUAGGUUAAGAAAAAUAUAUACUAUGUAGCUCUCAGACAGACAGACACACAGUAGGUUAAUGAAACACUAUAUUACAGAAACAUGGCUAUAACAGUGACAUUUAUUGCUGUGAGCGAUUGUUCGGGGUAAGUCCUCUUGUUUUAGACGGAUCAGAUGAGCUUAGUCUAGUUAAAGAGAGUUGUACACCCUUCUCUCUCUCUCCCUCUCCCUUACACGUUCUCUCAUUCGCAUGCAUACCACACAACACUUCCAGCACCUCAAAAAUGCCUAUAAAUUAAAGCCAAGGGUGUGUUGUGCAGCCCCAGUUGCACUCACAAGGGAAUUGGUAAAACAAGUGAAACAAGAACAAGAGGACAGGUUUCAUGAAGGCUUUGGUCAAAUAAUGAGUGUAAAUAGAAAUAGGUUAUGAAAUGAUGUGGGCCAUCUAAAGGAAGGUGGAAUGGUGACAAAAUGAAGAUAGGUGGAGUAGAAAUAGUUUAUGUGUGUGAGAUUAUGUAGGUAAUGUGUGUGGAUAGAAAUAGAUUGAGUAAAAAGGUGGGAUGGUACAAGAUGUAAAGUAAACAUGGGAAAUUGAAAAGAGAUGGAGUAGAGAUGGUUUAGUGUGUGAGAUAAUGAGAAUAGUGUAAGAUUCAUGGUAUCAGUGAGUUUGUAAAUGGAAAUGGAAUGAAAGCGUGUGUGUGUGUGUGUGAGUGUGGAAAGAUGGGACGUAAAAUAUUGUACAAGUUACAUUCAUGAGUUUGGGAAUAUAAAUGGAAGUAAUAAUCUGUCAUGGAAAAGGUUAAAUAUGUAUGUAUGUACCAUGAAGCUUUUGCUAAACCUGAAUGAAAAUAAUAACAACAAAUUCUGAAUAUAAAAAAUAAAUACAGUGAUGCACUAAAUUCCUGAUAAA